AUGGCGACCUCCAAUGGCAGUGCUUGCAGAAUCGGUCCUUCAAUUUUAAAUGCGGACUUAUCUUCACUUGCCAGUGAAUGUCAGCGGUUUAUGGAAUGUGGGUCCGAUUAUUUACAUCUUGAUGUAAUGGAUGGCCAGUUCGUUCCGAACCUUACAUUCGGCCAUCCUGUUGUAAAAUGCCUGCGGCCGAAGCUGCCUGGAGUUUUCUUUGAAAUGCACAUGAUGGUUCAAGAUCCAGAAAAGUGGGUUGAACCAGUAGCUGAUGCUGGUGGUGAUAUGUAUUCGUUUCAUUUCGAAGCUACAAAAGAUCCUGAAUUGUGUAUUAGAAAAAUAAAAGAAGCUGGCAUGAAGGUUGGUUUAGGUAUAAAUCCACCUACACCAGUAGAAGUUGUUCUACCAUAUGUUGAUCAAGUUGAUCUUAUUCUAGUCAUGACAGUUAAUCCGGGAUUUGGAGGACAGUCAUUUAUAGCCGAAUGUCUACCAAAGGUUAAGUUUUUAAGAGAGAAAUAUAAAAAUCUUGAUAUUGAGGUUGAUGGUGGAGUUGGGCCCUCAACUAUACAACAGUGUGCUGAUGUUGGAGCAAAUGUAAUUGUAUCUGGUAGUGCUAUUGUGAAGAACGAGAAUCCACGUGAAGUUAUUAGAUAUAUGAGAAAAGUUAUAGAUGAUGCUUUACAGCAGAAAAGAUAACUCGAACAAUACCAUAGUUCAGCUUCAAAAUUAUCUUCCAAGAGCCAUUUUGAUAUGGAUGAAAGUUUUUAAAAAUUUUGACAGCUAUGACAUAAUCUUUAUUGCUCUCAUUUUAUUAUUUAAAUGGCAAAAGAUCUUUGAUGAUAUAUACUCUUCAGAAAAAGUAGGGGAUAUUCAGAAACAAUGCGGAAAUGCACUGCUGUUUUUAUUAGAGGUAACCAGUGUAUGUUAUUAACAGGCCAAUUGCCUACACAUAAACAUAAACAGUUCAUAUGGGCGGCUUAUCUGACGGCCCCAUUUCACUCGCAAAGAACGACAUACACCGUCAAAAGUGAAAAUGGACGUUUUUGAUUUUUGUCUUAAUAAUGAGUAAUAGAUCCACCAAUCCUCAGACAUUCAGUAAUUCGUCGUGGCAUGCUCCUAAUCAACCGUCCAAUCACGAUUUGGGGCAAUCUGACCCACUCCCCUUGCAGUGUCACAGGCAAUUCUUGCAGUGUUGUCGGUUGACGUUGACAAACACGUCUCACGAUGAAAAUAAACGUAACACACUAAAACAAAGAUACGCUAAACAGUAAAUCUUAUGCAAGAACCGAUAGGAAUGCUAACAUGGAUAGAUAAACCAGCACACGGCAGUUUUUAUCAACCCUUCCUUGAAGUGUCAAAUUUGACAAUGAACCCCUCCCACGUGUACGGCGCUAUUGCGUGUCGCAUGUGCAGCUCAGUGGUUCUGUUGGGGCGAUAAGUUCUUCAUCUGUGAACAUACUCUCAAAGCAUGUCAAGUAUCCAUGACUAUUUAUCAUAUCACAACCUGCAUAGGUAUUUGCAUUUCAAUAUCCCCUACUUUUUUUUUUGAAGAGUAUAUAUCAACGUUGAUGGUCGUUCUUGACUGUUCAGGAAACUACAAUCCUCCUUUUACACUAUUAUAUUUUAUCCUAUUGAGAAGUAUGAAUUGAGAUGCACAUUGUAUUACAGUUAGAUUAGCAUGAUUUUCUGAAAAACAUUUUGGUCUUAGCAUUUGUAAUUUACCAUCAUUUAUUCUGGUUGAGACUGAGCUGUCUGUAUAUAUUUCUAUGAAAUAUUUUAUGUCAAAUGAUCUCAAUAGUUCUAUUACAUUUAAUAUAUAUACUAUACUAAUAUACUUUAAUUAAAGUAGCUAAGUCUCUAACUCAAUAUCAUCCAAAAUCUUCGAUAUUGAAAACACGAUUUAUUUGUCGGUUUAAAUCAACAUUGAUGUUGUGAUCUUACCGGGAAAAAAUGGCCUUCUGAUAUCCAAUAAUUAAGACAAAAUAAACAUUUUACAAUUGGUACACGAAUCGUGUACCAUAAUGUGUUUCAGCACUAUUUGUAAGAAGGUACUAGAAAAACGAGGCUAGGCAUAUUCCACAAGUCAUGUCAAACGGUGACGUUAUAUUCUUAUCUGGAGAGCAUGCCCAAUAAAUACUAUCGAUGUAGACUGGAAUAACCAGACGCUAGAGAUUGAAAUUCGAUUGAGAAUACAGGUGUAUUUCGCCGAAACUAACUGAUUAGAAAUUACAGAAACGAUUGAAUGUAAAUCAAUUUAUAUGCUUUCAUAUUACAUUAUUGUAUGCGUUGCGACCCAUUUGUGUCAAUUUCUAGGUCCCAAAUAUUAGCGACUUAGCUCCUUUAAUCUUUGAUUAUAUAAAAAUAUUCAUUAGCUUAUCAUCAUAUAAAUGGGGUCUUUAUUUUAUUAUUUUAAUUAAAUACGACUGGCUACAUGACCUAAUGAGACACAUUGGUAAAAUUUUAAAACACAGCUACUGGUACAUGUAUUUAUAAAUUUAACUUCUGUAUCCAAAGACAUGUGCAUUAUCUUACACAAUGCCAGAGAUAUCUAAAAUGAUAUUCAUUUUUAGAAAAAAAAAGCAAUUGUAAAUUACUGAAAUAAAGAUAUCAAGACAAUGGCCAACAAAAAAGCAAGUGUUCACCAAAUAGAUUUGGUUUUGUUGCAUAUCUAAAAUAAGGGUGAUACAUGUACAGAAUGUGUCUUUUAUUUAGCCAGAGCUGGUCACAUAUGUGUAUUUUAGUGUGAACUGUUAAUACUGGCAAUCUGAUAAUGUUUAUUUAAAAAUAUAAAUUAAAGCCAGAUAUUCUCUUCUGUAUGCCAUUGAUUUCAUAUUAUUUCUAUUUAACAUUACCUUACAUAGUUUUGGAGUAAGUACAUAACUUUUGAUUGUAUUUUUGAUUUAAAGAACUCAACUAGUCUCUGGGUGCAAAUCUGUUUGGGAUUGGGUUGAGAGAUCUUUCUUUGUUUUAUGAUAUUAGUUUCUUUUUUGACCUGUCUUAAAUUUUUUAAAUGUCUUUAGUAGAACAUAAGUGAUGUAUAUUUAUCUGAAGAAGGGUAAUCAUAAUGAUAUAGUCUCAAUUUCCCUCCUACAGCUUGCAAAUAAUGUAGAGGUUAUAAAGGGUACAUUUAAUUACAUGUGCAAGGCUGGAAAUAAGGCACCUGUCACAGACUUUGUCAGGCACAGAUUCAGGCUUUGUCAGGCACUAAACCUCUGGCGCCUGUUAUUUUGUCCGGCACUGAUUUGUCUUUGUUAUUGAUAUUAUUAAUAUAAUAUGUCCGGCACUAAGAUGAAAAUGUCAGCUACAAUUUCAUUAGUGCCCGACAUUUUGUUGGGUACAUCUAAAACCGUUAUUUCCAGGCCAGUACAUGUAUAAAUCUAAACACAAUUUAUUGAUAUAUUUUUUUAAUGCAAAGAUAUUUAAUGCUUAUUUUAUUAUUUUGAUACUAAGUAUUAUUAAUUUAAGUUAAAAGAGAAGAGUCAUACAAAUUACAAAGGAACACCAAACAUGUAUCUGAAAAUAAAAUCCUUUUAUUAUUCUAUGUUUUAAUUUAAUGCUGUCAUCUGCAAUGUAAAAGGGUAACUUUUUAACACUUCACUAUUGCAAGAUCAAUUACAUGAAGUAUAUCAUCCAAAUAUAAUAUAGUCUAACUCAUGGAUAUUCCCGAUUAAUGUUGUCUGUAUGUAUCUCACCAUGAACAUCUUACCGUUGGCUUCACUUUUGUCCUCUAA